AACCCCGCCCCUCUGCCAGAAACCGGGAUCGUGUGGAUUCCCGGGAGAGGGGCACCCCUUCUACCUUUCCCCUCCCCUCUCCCCUUUCCCUCAUUCACAGCUGGCCGCAGCUGGCCGGAGGAAGCCCCGAUUAAAAAGGAAGGGAAAGCGCUCACAAGUCUGGGCAGGUGUUCAUAAAAUAUGAGGGGCUACCCCUCUCUGCUACUGCUGUACCUGGGACUGACCACCUGCUCAGACACCUCACCUGGUGGGGAGCAAGACCAAGGUCCAGGAGUCUUCCUGGACUCCCCAGAGGCCCAGAGCUUUCUGGGAAGCCAUAGACGGAUUCCACGAGCCAAUCACUGGGACCUGGAGCUGCUCACGCCAGGGAACCUAGAACGGGAGUGUUAUGAGGAGCGAUGUUCCUGGGAGGAGGCGAGGGAGUGUUUUGAGGACAAUACUCUGACGGAGCGCUUUUGGGAGAGCUACAUCUACAAUGGCAAAGGAGGGCGUGGACGAGUAGACGUAGCAGGCCUGGUGGUUGGGCUGACGUCUGGGAUCCUGCUCAUUGUCCUGGCCAGCUUGGGAGCCUUUUGGUAUCUGCAUUGCCGACCGGGCAGAGGCCAGCAGCCCUGUCCCCAAGAAGCUGAGCUCAUUAAUCCCUUGAGUCCCCUGGGCGACCUAGGCCCGCCCACGCCCCUGCCUCCACCCCCACCCCCAGGCCUCCCCACCUACGAGCAGGCGCUGGCGGCCUCUGGGGUGCAUGAUGCACCUCCGCCCCCCUACACCAGUCUCAGGAGGCCUCGGUGAGGAGCUGCUUCGGAGCCGAAGUUCCCCAGAUUCACAGCGGAUUUCAGAGCCCCCAUGCCUCUUAAACUACGUAGCUGAGAUCGGGGAGUGGUGGGAGUAGGGUCGUCCGGCCCAAGGCCUACCCUGGCACACGUGUUUCCGCCGAGUACGGAUACGCGCACAUCCCCGGCCAACGUGUACCCUCGCCCCGGCUACUCGCGGGUCCCCAGGCUUUUCUGACUGGGGGGGGGGGGUACCGCCAGUCCUACCCCCCGGGUAGGCGUCCGUGGAAACUCGGACCCCGGCGCGUAGGCCGGGUAUACCCACUCGCGUGAGUGAGCAGGUGUGACAAGGCCAUCGCCUUACAGUGCUAUGGGCCACGCACACGCAGGGCCCUGCUUAUGCACAUGCAUGUUUUCGUGUGCUCCCCGUGCACGCUCGCGGGCGCUCUGCAACCCAGGGAAAGGGUGGGGGCAUAUAUGCAAGAGUGCUUUUGGGGGGAGGGCUCGCAUUGCACCGGGAGACGAGCUGAGCUCCUCUCUUAAAUGAAAAACCUUUGUAAAAGAGACAAAAAGUGAAACAAGGCAAAAAAAAAAAAAAAAGAACUAAACUAAAUAAACUGAAAUGCAUUCACGGG